GGCGAGCUGGUAAGCUCUGCCGCUUUUGACUUCAGACAAUCUUUGCAGACAAACUAUUUAAAAGAUCAUAUAAAUAAUAUAAUCUCUUAGAAAUCAAUAGCACCGUGGAAUCUAAUUACACACGUUUCAAAGGGAACAGUCUGAUGCACCAUGAGCCAAUCCACCAGUGCGCCUAUUGGUCAGUAUGGAAUUGUUCUCCAUCCCAUCCUUCAAAACGUUUCUGAAAGUGAGAUGACCAAACGCAUACACAAACUGCUCAGAGCCGUGAGGAUCGCUGCGCAAGACGUCAAGGACGUCAUCAUCCAGAGAGAUUACGCCGAGGUGAUAAUAGCCAGCAAGGAAGCCGAGGAGCACGCCCUGAAGCUGCUGCAAGAUCCGUCCGUGGUGAUGGGCUUAUACAACCUGAGAAACAUUACAGCCAACCCAAAGACCUGGCUUGUAGACAAGAUACAGACGUUCGGACGCCAGGUUCAAUCUCGUCUGCCAGGGACAAAAAGUUUAACAACUAGCGGCUCAGCCACCAAGCUACAAACAAAAUCGACCACAGAAAAAUCUCAGCGACCUCAAACAACUGCAGUUGCUACUAGCGGAGCUCACGCUCAGUCCGACAAACCUGACACUUCGAAAGCUGGCUCAUCAAUGUCCGAAUCUCAGGUGGAGAAGUCCCCAAAGCAGUCCUUCCUGAUGAAAAAGCGCGCCGAAUUGACCAAAGUUCAGGGGACUCCUGUCUUUGUCAGUGUUAAGACAUCUACAGCUGAGGUCAAGCCCUGCGGUUGCCCGGAGACGAUCUUCUAUCAUCAUCUGCAGAACAUCGGCACGGAGACGAGGCACGUCGAGUUCAAGAAAGGCGGGGUCAUUAACGAGAGAUACUCCUUCCGGGAUAUGGUUGGCAAGUACAUGUGCGGCUUCCUCAACUCCGAAGGUGGCACAAUCUUCUUCGGUGUCAACGACAGCGGGGUGGUCCUUGGACUGGACCUAGAUCCCCAGUAUGAAGCAGCGCUGAAGAGAGAUAUCACGUGUUCGGCUCGAAUGAUAGAGCCGCAUGUGUCGACCAGUGAAUACUCGGUGAACUUUGCCAGGGUCAUGGAACGAACGGGAGACAUGUCCCCCUACUUGAAGGUCCUUGAAAUCUGCGUCAAACCACGUGACCCGCCUGAGAGACUGUAUUCUUAUAAAGACAUUAUCUACAUGAGGAGAGAUGGCAGUUUACAGAACCUUGGACAUGUAGAUGACUAUCAGUGGUAAAUCAAAUGAACUUCUUACAAGCUUACAUCAGACCAGGCACUCAAUGGCUUACUACAAGCUUACAUCAGACCAGGCAGUCAAUGGCUUACUACAAGCUUACAUCAGACCAGGCAGUCAAUGGCUUACUACAAGCUUACAUCAGACCAGGCAGCCAAUGGCUUACUACAAGCUUACAUCAGACCAGGCAGUAAAUGGCUUAAUGCAAGCUUACACCAGACCAGGCAGUCAAUGGCUUACUACAAGCUUACAUCAGACCAGGCACUCAAUGGCUUACUACAAGCUUACAUCAGACCAGGCAGUCAAUGGCUUACUACAAGCUUACAUCAGACCAGGCAGUCAAUGGCUUACUACAAGCUUACAUCAGACCAGGCAGCCAAUGGCUUACUACAAGCUUACAUCAGACCAGGCAGUAAAUGGCUUAAUGCAAGCUUACACCAGACCAGGCAGUCAAUGGCUUACUACAAGCUUACAUCAGACCAGGCAGUAAAUGGCUUAAUACAAGCUUACAUCAGACCAGGCAGUAAAUGGCUUAAUACAAGCUUACAUCAGACCAGGCAGUCAAUGGCUUACUACAAGCUUACAUCAGACCAGGCAGUAAAUGGCUUAAUGCAAGCUUACAUCAGACCAGGCAGUCAAUGGCUUACUACAAGCUUACAUCAGACCAGGCAGUAAAUGGCUUAAUGCAAGCUUAAAUCAGACCAGGCAGUAAAUGGCUUACUACAAGCUUAAAUCAGACCAGGCAGUAAAUGGUUUAUUACAAGCUUACAUCAGACCAGGC